CACCUUCCAGGUAAACCAAAGAAGUAAGGAAGGAAAGAAAGCCCAUUUUGGUUCAUCUCUCCAACUCUCAAAUCAAUUACCGAAGCGACGAUAACAUCAAUCGCCCAUGGGAGAUUCCGUCCCUACUUCUCGCAUAUCAGUUCAUCAAGCUCUGGGCGGUGGCUUAGCUGCUGAUGUGCUAUUAUGGAGAAAAUGGUGUGGCGGAGUUGUAAUUCUAGCCUCGGCAACGGCGUUUUGGUGCCUCUUUGAGUUUGCUGGUUAUAGUAUCGUGUCUUUCGUGGCCAAUGUAUUAUUGCUUCUUGUUGUUAUUCUCUUCUCCUGGGCCAAAUCUGCUUCACUUCUUAACAGACCUUUGCCACCCCUUCCUAAUUUGGAAAUUUCUGAGAGGAGUGCUGUGAAGAUUGCCAAGGAGUUACAAGUGUGGGUCAAUUAUGCAUUAUCGAUUGCACAUGACAUUACACUUGACAGGAAUUUUAAACUCUUUUUGAAGAUUGCUGUUGUCUUGUGGUUUGUUUCUUACAUCGGUAGUUUCUUCAACUUCCUCACUUUUGUUUAUAUUGGAAUUGUUCUGAGCCUAUCAGUUCCCAUGCUAUAUGAUAAGUAUCAGCACCAUAUUGAUGAGAAGCUUUCUGUAACACACAAAACCAUGCAAGCAAAGUACAGGAAAAUUGACGAAACAGUAUUGAGGAAGCUUCCAUCGCUCUCUAAUAAAGUAAAGAAGAUGCAGUAGGGCAUUCAGGUGGUUGAGUGUGAAUAGGGGCAUAGGAUUGGGUUUCUCAUGAUGUGAUGCUUUUGAUUCCUUUUUGCUUGGAUUUCAUCAGUUUCCAUUUACAAUCGGGGUUAUAGCAGUCGCUGGUAGCAGGUCUAACCUUAAUAACUUGUUUUUUGAGGAGCAUUAUCUUGUAUGCACCUAU